CGUUUUUCGAAGCGUUGCCUACUCUGCGGAUGUUUUCAUUGCAUUGUUGGCGCAAAGCACGCAAUGCAAGAGGACAAACUGUGUCGUGUUUGGGUUACUGUUUUUGAGCAUUCUUACAAAUGCGUAUUUAUGUGUUGUGACGACAAAAAUGAUUAAACCAUUGAGAGCAAAGCAGUUCGCAACGGUGGAAGAAAUUUAUAAGAAUUCUGAGUCUAGAUUCGCAAUCCCGUCCAAAGACGCCAUGCCGCUGGCCAUCGAUCGCAUAACCAUGUCAAUCCCUCGCUACAGAAAAAUCAAAGAUUUGCACCUCUACUUCCAAGUAAUUCCAGGAUUUGACCCCCUCGGCCAAAUAUUCUCUCAACCCGUGCAAGUCCUCAAGAUUCUUGCAGACCAUAAAGCAAUCAGUGUCAUACAGGACAACGCCCUCACCUUGAAACCCAUCAUGGACGACAACGGGAUAUCCUUCACCGUUUUGGACUCAUCCUGCACUUAUCUCUCGGAAGAUAAGUUAACCAAUUUUCAACUAAUUUGGACCCUUCGACUCCACUUUGCUCAAAAAGCGGUUAAAAUUCUGCAGAGAAUUACGGAGUCCGGGAUUCAAAAUUUGAUGACGAUUUCACGCGAAUUGGCCGCAAUGUAUUUAGCUUUUGGAGAUAAAAAAUUGUCCCCGGGUUCGGGAACGGUUGGGCAAGAGGUGAAAUUUUCGAGGAGCGAGUUGUGGCAAUUUAGGCAACCAAAACCGUUACGAUUGUGGAAGUCGAACUUGAAAAAUGUCUUUAUACUUUAUCUUGCAAUGUGUGCGGGGUGUUUGGCUGGAUUUUUGGUGGAGGUGAGAAAUGUGUGGGGUACGAGAGUAGGGAGGGGAGGGGGAGGUCGGAGUAUUGUAUGGGAAAAAGUGGUGAAGGUACAUAAGGCGAGAGAGAAAUUUCGUGGACAGGUGCCAAGGAUGUUAUCACUGCCGGAAGAAGUGCAAUCGUAAUAGACGCAAUAUAUGAAUGUAUAUCUGUUUAGAUGUAAAUAUCUAUAAUUUACAUAAAUAGGUAUUUACAUAUGUAUGAAAAUAUGUAUAGACGACUGGAAUUUAUAAAUGUUUGUACAUAUCUAUGUACAUAUUGUUUUAUUUGUCCCUUGAAAAUGUGGGCUAAAGUUAAUUUAGCAUAUUUGUAAAUAUUUUGAGGCAUGUUUAUUAUUUGAUCGGUAAGUAAAGUACUUACAUACUUUUAGUAUGCUGAAAUUGAACAGAUUGUUGUUAUGUAAUAUUUGGAAGAAAUUUGCGAGCAAAAUUUUGAUGCUCUUAAAUAUGUACGUCAUACAUACACACAUAUGCAUACUACAUUAUGCCUUUACAUUU